GGUUGGUGACGGUCAUAUUGCGAUGAGUACAUGGUGGGCUACCUGUGUACUGACAAACGGCGGGAAAUUUUACAGAAACGCGCGCUCGCGCAGAGGAAAAAUCUUGUCUCCGGAAGGGAAAACAUUUUUUUAGAAAAAAAAAGAAAUGGCACGUUUUCGAUUUAUUACACCAGUAAGGAAAAAGAAAAGUACCUAUCUCAAAAACACAAACAAUGCAAAAAAGUUGGAUUGUUCGUCUAUGAGCAUGGGGAUGAGAAAAAUGCUUGAACCCACACUGGACUUGCGCCGUUUCAAACAAAAGAAACCCCUACGACAAAGUAACAAUUUCAACAACAACCUGGACAAAUUCAUUGCAUCAACAAAAGAGAAAAAAAACGAAAACUUGCCAAACGAGGGACAAAUUAAAAACAAGAAAAUCCUUUACCAAAGUAAGAAAACGUGCAGAGAGCUCUUCAAAGGUGAACCAUCAACACCGAAAAUGAGAAGUAUUAAAGAGGGUGAGAGUGAGAUUAAACAAAGGAAAGAAGAAGAAAUGAAACUGAAAGGAGAGACAAAGAAAGUAAAUGAAAUGUUUGUAUUCCCGGGAGAAACCACACCAGUUAAGGGGAAAAAAACUUCACCAAGGAAAGAACCAGUGUUUAAAAAGCCUGUAGCCUUGUCUGCUAGGAAUAUAGCAAGGCAGAAAAGGAUCAAUAAUGAAGUGCUUGAAGUCAUACGGAGAACACAGAGAAGUAUUGAAGCCUUAAGAAACCAAGCAGCCCUGACUUCAUCUUCAGAGAUAGUGACCUCCAGCAGUGCCCCCCAAGGCCGAACACUCUCACAAGGAAUGACUCAAUAUUCCUCAAAGAAGGGAAGAAAAGACAUGCUAAAUGUACAAGUUUCUGUGUAUAUUCCACAAAAGGGAAUCCAGAAAUCAAAGUGUGUGGUGCAAGAAUCUGGAAGUGUUGAAGAGGAAUAUAUUGGCUACAAACAUGACCACUUGCAAGAAAACCAGGUCAUAGAUCUUAUAUGACCAAGUAUUUAUUAACAAUUUGCACACCUUGGGGCAGUAGCAUAAAUAUUCAUAUAAGAUGACAAUAAUUAAGAUCGCUGUAUAAUGCAUAAUCUAACUAUAAACAGGGUGUUAUUUACAAAUAACAUUAUGAUAUUGGAAGUCUGUGCUAGUGGACUUCUACCAUUGGUAGACUAACAGUAAGGCAGAAGUGAUCUUGGGCAUGCCUGUGUCUGUAAAGUACAAAAAAUCAAAAGUAAUUCGUUAAUAAAGUAAUUUCAAUUACAAAAUACAUAAAAUAUUUGAGUUCUAAAAAACUGAAGAGUACUGUAAUGGAAAAACAGGAAUUUAAACUUGCAUGCCAUAUACAUGAAAUAUUUUUCUUUUUACCACACU